AACGACCACAUCAAAAAGUAUAUUGCAAAAUGUGACAUAUGCCGAAAAGUGGAUGCUAAACAACAAAAAGAGACACUAAGACCACACGAGCUCACCGACAGACCAUGGACCAAAGUUGGGACAGACUUAUUCAACUUUGAUGGUAGAGAGUACCUGAUAAGAGUGGAUUACUAUUCCAACUUUUGGGAGAUUGAUCACCUACCAGAUACAAAGUCAAGUACUGUGAUUAGGAAACUGAAAGCUCAUUUCGCACGUCAGGGAAUACCUGAAGUUGUUUUUUCUGAUAAUGGGCCGCAGUACAGCUCAACAGAGUUUGCCGGCUUUAGCCAGAAAUGGGACUUUAAACAUAAAACAUCAUCGCCUGGUUACCCUCAGAGCAAUGGCAAGGCGGAGUCUGCUGUCAAAUCGGCAAAAAGACUCAUGAGAAAAGCCAAACUGGCUGGACAAGAUCCAUAUUUGGCCUUAUUAGAUCACAGAAACACUCCAACACAAGGUUUGGACACUAGUCCAGCACAGAGACUUUUAAGCAGGAGAACAAGAGCACUCAUUCCAAUGAGUAACAGCCUUUUACAGCCCAAAGUAACAGAGAACCACCUAGGACUGACGAGGAACAAGGAGAGACAAUCGAAAUAUUACAACCGCACAGCAAGAGACAUGGACAAUUUGAAACCAGGAGACUCGGUGAGAGUUCCACCUUUCGAACCACACAGCUUUUGGGACAAGGCAAGAGUGUGCAAAACACUUGGAGACCGAUCCUAUGAGGUGGAGAUGGACAAUGGCAGAAUGCUGCGGAGGAACCGUCGCCAUCUAAGAAGAGCUGUGGAGGUUGACUUAAGGAUACCAUCAGCACCGGAACCGGUUGACCAAGACUCAGGGCCAAGCAAAGGGGACCUACAAAGGACCACCACCAAGUCAGGACGUGUUGUUCACCAGCCAAGAUACCUGAAAGACUAUGUUUGCAGUGAGAGGGGAAAAGAAUGUUAUAUUAUUUUGAAUAAAAAAAAAAAAAAGACAUUAGAACAGAAUGUAAUGUUAUUACAAAAGAAUGUAAUUUUAUUUUGAAAAAAGAAAAUCUGAAUAGAAAAGAUUGUCAUUUUAAUUUGAAGAAAAUAACUUUAUUUUGAAGAACAUGAAAAAAAGGGGCAUGUCUAAGUUUGAUACUGUUAUAACCUGAGUUAUUUAAUGUUUUAAAAGAAAAGGGAUGUAGCAAUAGGAAUUGCUUGUUUAGUUUUGAGUUUCACCCGGAGGGUUGAGAGUGUGACACCGGAAGCGGAGUGUGAGUUCCUGUAAUGUCGAUGAAAAUAGUUUAUUAAAGCAUCCCCUGAAUAAGGGCAAAAUA